AUGCCAGCCUAUCACUCAGCCUACAAUGAGGACACAGACUCGCGCGUCAUCGGGAGCAUGAGCCUCCUCCCAUUUAGAAGCAAGAUUCGUGGACCGGCAGGGACGCCUGUCGACCCAAAUGCAAUGGACAUCAUCGAUGAGUCCAUCGACCUCUUCCGUGCCAAUUCACUCUUCCGCAAUUUCGAGAUCAAGGGGCCGGCUGAUAGGACACUCAUCUACCUCAUCCUCUUCAUCUCCGACUGUUUGACCAAGAUCGCCUCAUCGCGCUCCCCGCUCCUCCUGCCGGAAGCGACCAAGCAACUCUCCACCUUGGCAGUAGACUCUUUCGCCCUGCCUGGCGACGCUGGGUUCCCCUUGAACGCCCUCUACGCCGCUCCCCGUGAUAGGAGCGAGGCAGAUGCGCUGCGUGGCUACCUCACCCAGGCUAGGCAGGAACUCGUGGGCAGGCUUAUUGAGAGAGUGUACAACUCCGGUGGGGGUGGAGCAGGGGUGGGUCAAACCCCGAGUAAGUGGUGGUUGGCUUUCACGAAGAGGAGAUUCAUGGGCAAGUCGCUGUCGUAGCGUGAGGGUAGCGUAGCUUGCAAUUACAGCGUCGAGUCCACAGCACCGGAUUUUCGUGCUUCCUCGCUGCCUUUACGCCUUCUCGCCGUCCGUCAACACGCCGCGACUCUCAUCCAUCAACGUCUCCACCUCCCACGCUCCCGCCCACCAUCUGAUCCCGCACUUGACGCCUCCCUCCUCCUUGAUGCGCUUCUCCAAUCCCCUGAACCUCCGCACAAAUGCCACGUCUUUGCCCUCUCUCAUCCUCAACAGUGGGCAGUAGUCGUUCCCCCCAUCCCCCACGUACAUGAUACGGUCGAACGCCUCAAAACCG